AUGGCCAAAUUCGCCAAGGUCAAGCGAAUACAGAAAAUCAAAAGGACAGCAAAGCUGGACGAAGAAAAGGCAAAGGCACAAACAAAGCUGAAAUCAGAUGAACAAGGAAAUGAGGUGCGUCAUGUUGCAAGACCUAACGCAUCGUUUUUCUUUGAACACAACAAAGCGCUGGGACCGCCCUACCAUGUGAUCGUCGAUACAAACUUUAUCAACAAAUCGAUUCAAAUGAAAAUUGAAAUCGUUCGCGGCGUAAUGGACUGCCUCUUUUCCCGCUGCUUUUUGUACAUCACCGAUUGCGUAGUGGCUGAGAUUGAAAAGCUUGGUCCAAAGUAUCGCAUUGCACUUACCUUUGCUCGAGAUGAGAAUAUUUUUGAGCGACUUCCGUGCAUGCAUAAGGGCACAUAUGCAGAUGACUGUAUCCUUUCGCGCGUAGCGUCGCACCCAUGCUUUAUCGUUGCGACAAACGACAAGGAACUGAAAUCCAGGAUCAGAAAGCUGCCAGGAAUUCCGAUCAUGUAUGUGGCAAAGUACAAAUACUCUAUUGAGCGGUUACCUGAAGGCAUGGUGUAA